UCGAAACGGCACCAGGCAUGGCUAGAGAUGGCGAGGGAUAUGACUAGAUCGCGUCCACAGCUGCUGAUGUUCGGGUAGAUGAAUAGGGGCCUUAAAUAUAUAACCAAAGCGUUCGGAAAAUACAUUUUCAAAACAGAAAAAAAUAUACAAUUUUACAAAAAAAAAAACGUGAAAAAAACAUACCAACGACAACAAAACAGAUUGGAAAAACAGCGACCAGGAAUUAAGCGGAGCGCAGAACUUUUCGAAUGUGAGGACUUCUUUGGACACUAUUCCAUCAGAUCAGAUAGAUGAUUUGUCCACAAGCUUGCACGUAUAAUGAAUGCCCAGCUGUCGAUGGAGAACAUUGGCGAUCUGCACGGAGUGGGCCAUGAACCAGUGCACAGCACGGCGGAGCUGAUGAGCAGCGACAGCCCUCAUCACAGAAGCACGAUACCCCAUCGCAGCAACCUGUCAGCCCACGCACGUUCAAUGGGCAUGGCAACAAUCCUGGACAGCGGCGACUAUCAUCACCACCGGCCCCCGGAGCACGGACUCGCCAGCCACUUGCACCCAGCCAUGACCAUGGCGUGCGAGGCUCCCCCUGGCAUGAGCAUGAGCAGCACUUACACCACGCUGACUCCCCUGCAGCCGCUACCUCCCAUCUCGACCGUCUCGGACAAGUUCCCACACCACCAUCAUCACCAUCACCACCACCAUCCCCAUCACCACCAAAGGAUUCCAGGCAAUGUGAGCGGCAGCUUCACCUUGAUGCGGGACGACAGGGGUCUGGCCUCAAUGAACAACCUUUACACUCCGUAUCAUAAGGAUGUUACCAGCAUGGGACAGAGUUUGUCCCCCCUGUCAGGAUCCGGACUGGGUGGUAUCCACAACUCACAACAAGGACUGCCGCCGUAUGCACACCCGGGUGCCGCCAUGCCCACAGAGAAAAUGCUUACACCUAACGGAUUCGAGGCACAUCACCCUGCCAUGCUAGCCCGGCACGGCGAGCAGCACAUGUCUGCCUCUUCGGCGGGAAUGGUGCAGCUCAACGGGAUCCACCAUCAUCCCCAUGCCCAUCUCAACGCUCAGAGCCACGGACAAGUGCUGGGUUCCGCCCGUGAACAAAACCAUUCCUCUGUGCCUGGUUCACAGGUCAACAAUGGAGGCAAUUCAGGGCAAAUGGAAGAAGUCAAUACCAAAGAAGUAGCCCAGCGGAUCACCACUGAGCUCAAACGGUACAGUAUCCCCCAGGCUAUAUUUGCCCAGAGAGUGCUAUGCCGAUCGCAGGGGACCCUAUCUGACCUGUUAAGGAACCCCAAACCCUGGAGCAAGCUGAAGUCUGGCCGGGAGACUUUCCGAAGAAUGUGGAAGUGGUUGCAGGAGCCUGAGUUCCAAAGAAUGUCUGCGCUCAGGCUCGCAGGUGAGGGAUCCAUAGCAUGCAAGAGGAAGGAGCAAGAACACGGAAAAGGAGAGCGGGGCAGUGCGGCCAAAAAGCCUCGGCUGGUCUUCACUGAUGUUCAGCGUCGGACUUUACAUGCAAUAUUCAAGGAGAACAAGCGCCCGUCCAAAGAGUUACAAAUCACCAUAUCACAGCAGCUGGGGCUUGAGCUGGCUACUGUCAGCAACUUCUUCAUGAAUGCACGCAGACGGAGCCUUGACAAAUGGCUGGACGAUGGCUCCAACUCCGCCAACUCCAAUUCCAGCACUUGUACCAAAGCAUGAAGGAGGAGUAGUGGCCACAGUGACUAAACCUAUCGGUGGAAAAGCUUUAACUAGAAUAAACCAAGUAAAACAACAAAAGAAACCCUCUAGACAGCAAUUUUGCCCUUAAAACUUGUACAAUACUGAUAUUUAUAAUACCCAAAGAAACAAAAACCAAAGACUCUGUUCUGCAACACCUUCAUGUCUGAUAUACUGCAAACAAAAGAAAGUGUUCCUCUCAAAUCACAGUGGUACCAUGAACCCCACACCUCUCACCGUCACCGUCUUUCAAUGUGAUUGGUUCAAAGUGGACUUUUUGUUUUUCCUCAGCUGUCUCUUGUCCCAGCUUGGACUCUAGUUCUGCCUCUGAGCGUUUGUUGUUUUGAUUCUGUUGCUGUCAGACGGGAGGUGUGUGGGACGUCACAAGGAGAGAAACACUGUGGUGUGGAGCAGCAGGUAGGGCUCCGGAAAGGCUCAUCGGUGCGUUGAGGCUGAGGCACAACACCGGAGCUGUCUGUAGCCGGUUAUCUGUGCCCUUUUGUAAGCCCUAUCCUUCAAGAACUCUGACAGCAUUUCCUAGAGGCUUGGAGGAUUCUGACAGGAUGGGGUAUAAUCAUUGCAGAGGAUGUUUUGAAUGUCACCCUCAACAUAGUGCUUUCUUCCUACUUGUAGGCACAUACUUCCACCCACUGUUGCUAAAUCACACCAAUCAUUUGUGAUAAUAUAACCAAAGAGACAAAUAUGUAUUUUCAGGAAAUAUUCCAAAAAAUAUUUUUACAGCUAGACACCCUAAAACAUCUCCGGGUCUCCAAUGUGACUGUUGAUAACUAUGUGAUGUACUUGCAAAAUGUGUAGUCAACCAAAUCCCAAUCACAAAGCAAAACCAAAUAUUAUUAUUAAUUCCUAUGGGAUCAUGUAUUUCCAAAGUAAUAUUAUAGAAUGACAAGCUCACCCUAAUAAUCAACCAAACCACACACUUUCUGUGAAUGUAAAAGUGAAUAUACAUAUACAAGUCAUAAAACAUUCAACCGUUACAGGUACUCCCCCUUAAUAAUCUACUUAUUUUGUAAAAAAGUGUUGACAAGGCUCUGCUUGUAGUGCAUUUGGUAUGUUCAUGUUAUUCAUGUUCAUGUUACAUGUUCAGGGAGAAUCUUCUUAGCUUUAAAACAUAUGUUCUAUGUGUUGCUUAAACAAACAUGCCAGCGGCUAACAACCAAAGAUUUAAUCUAACCAGUAUUGAUCAUCUCUUUUCUAAUGUAUAAUAUGAUCACUUUAGCCAAUGCAAGCAUCUGCAAAGAAUUAUGCCUACAUGGCACAUUAAGAAUAAUUCCAUACACAGUGUAUCUUAUAAUACAAACAAUUUCAAAAUCAGCCAUUAAAAAUAAUCUCAUUAGAGCAGCUUGGAUUCAUAAAAAUGACCCUGAAUGUUUGAAACCUUACAAGGAGUCAGCAUAAUGUCACAAAAAGGCACAGCAUCUCUGCUCUGCUACUUGCUGUGGCCCAACAGUCUAAUUAGCCCAUGUUUGCAUUUUGACUACUGAUGUGCCUUCUUAAACAAAGAUCCCAAAUCUCAGUAACUGACACUCAGUCACUGUCAGAGGCUCCAGUACCCUUUUAUAGUGAGCAUAGGUCAAAAUAGUGAAUAUAAGUCAUGCCGUGUUUAUGCCCUUUUGCCAGUUUAAGAAAAAGAAAUCAAUCCCCAUAUUGGCACUUGGAUUGUACUUUCCUGAGUGUAUGUUCAGUUCAGUAUAUUCAGUAUCAUGCUCAGAAACACACAAGCAUAAGCUCUGCCAUGAGUUUGAUCGCUCUCUAAAUCUUCUGUCAACCAUGGUCAUCUAGUUUAUGGAUGUAUUCCAAUCAUGUCACAACUAGGAAGAAAGCACUACAACAAGUCUGUUCAGAGUGGAUGUUAAGCAUUCCCUUUCUGAAAGACUUGUUUGAAGGAUGACACUGAUAAAUGCUAAACCAGUUUCCUGGCCUUGUUGUCUCUGGUUGUGUGGUUGAUAUCCUACCAAAAAGAAAAUGUAAUUGGGUAACUGUUUGUGUGAGUUGCAGAAAUGUACUUGUAUGAUGAAAAUGAAGUGAAGGUAACGACCUCCUGAGAGAAACACACAAAAAAUGACAAAAUGUUGGGAAAAGGCGAAACUUGCUAAGACCUACUGAAAUUUCUAGGUGUGAACCAAAGAUGCUACCUCACUCAGUUUCCAUGUCGUGAUUUCUAUCACUUUAAUGAUACCAAAGAUUACCAAAGAUUUUUUCUCUUUGCACGGCCUACAUGAAUGAUGUGGUGGAUAGAUGGCGUGUCCCUCUCCCCGCCCCGCCCAUGCCCUCCCAUGUCCCAGCCCCUCUGUCCAGCCCCUCUGUCCUGCCCCUCUGUCCCCGCGCUCUGCCCCCUUUUGCUCCGUGUGGUCUCUGCUUAUCAACAUGCGCAAAUGAAUAAAGCUACAGGCAGACAUGUUGCAAAACUUUAUAAAACUCACAGGACGAGUGCCUUGCUUGAACCAAAGUGUUAAACCGCUGUUGACCUCUUUGAUCUCACCUUCUACUCUUUGAAUACCUCAGCCUAUCGACGGGCCACUAACAAGCAAAGGAGAAAGGAAUAGUUCUGUCACCGUGGUGCUUUUGCCAGUGCAACCAUGCAAUGAGAAACAUACCAAAGGAUUUUUUUUUUAAUCUUUUUAUUUUACCACUUCUUUGCUGACAAGCCAAAGCUCCUUUCUCCUCCUGGCCCACCCUUUCCCUAUGUCUACACCCCUAAAUCUGACCCCAUCACCUCACCCCCUGCCCCUUCUAUCACCUGUAGGUAUGUCCACCAUUAUGGCCGUGCAUGUCUUUUACCAAUGUUUGAAUACCUCAUAGUAAUAAAUCCGUAGGGUUCUGUUGUAUAGAGAGUCUAUGUGAUUUAAGGCAAAACUGAACUAGUUUGGUAAUUGUUAACGUUACUUCAAAAAAGCUUUAUGAUAAUUUAUUUUGACGUUUUUGGCUGAAUUGCUCUGUUCUUGGUCAUGAUGGACAAGUUUCAAAUGAUAUUGGAUUGAAGCUUGGGAGGGAAAGAUAAAUUAUUUUUUAUCAAAACAUUGUGUUAUUCUGAUAUUAUGAUAAUGGUAGACCAUUCUUUUUUACAGGGUAAAAAACCAACUGCUGUGAUAAUGGGUUUAUAUUUCCUCUUUUCUCUACUUCAGUGUUUGUGAUUUAAUUUAAUUUAAUGGCAUUUUGUAUUGCUUUCCCCUGCUUUAAUUUAUGCAUUUGUAGAAAAUAUAGAUUUGUACAUAGUAGGUUUUCGAAACACAUACACACACAGACACACACAUACACACACAUUCUUACAAAACAGACAACUUUUACGUUACAGCCUUAUGUUUCAGCAUAAAUGUGUGGAGGGAGUGGGAUUUGACUCCCUCUUAUUUGUUUCUGGCACUUCAACAUGUGUUCUAAAUACUGCCAGACCCUGAGACAUUUGAUUUGCUAACAGAAACAAAGUUAUACAUGGGUUACUUUGUUACUCAGCAGGCAGAUAGCAGUGUACAUGUUUUUUUUUCUUUUGACCUUUUUUUAAGAUUGUUACUUUAUGGGUACUGCACAUCCAAAGAUUUAUAAAACAAACCAAAAAUAGAAAAAAGACAAAAAAAGAUGUAUAAUGUUGAAAAGCACUGGCAUUUGUGAGGUAGACUUAUUGAAUUUUAAUUUGCCAUUCGCACGGGUAUAGAAACUAGAAGGCGUAGGACUAUGUAGACAAGCUAAUU